AUGACAUCAAAUGGAAUACAGGAUAAUGCGGACAAUGUGGCAGCGAUAGCUUGCGAUUGUAUUGGAAUUUCAAAAAUUGAAAAAGAUGCGCGGGUAUUAGUUCAAAAUAUUUCCAAAGAAUUUCUGAAAGAAACAAUUCGAUUAGCGCAAAAAUGGGCGCGACACAGCGGUCGACGAAAGAUGAUCGUUGAUGAUUUGAUCUAUGCGCUAGUAGCCAUGCAGGGAACCGAAGUUGCGAAAAAGAUUGUACCGUUGAUCGACACGGACAGUCUUGGACUCGAAACUCUGACGUGUGUUCAUGCUAAUAAUGUGCUGUUUGUGCGUCCGAACUCGGAAGUUGAUCUUGAUCCGAGCACGUCGACAUCACAAGUAGUACCGAUUGAAUCUAGAUUAAAAUCUUAUUUCAUGGUCACUGAUGGUCAGCCAACCAAAUCCGCGUACAAUUUGAACUUGUCGGAAGAAGAAAUUGAUGAUGAAGACGAUGAUGAGGAUAGCGAGGAUUUUGCUGUAGGAACAAAUGAGAAAUCGAACGAAUUCAAGUCAUCGAGAGUGUUGAAGCGGCCAGUAUCUUCAACCGAAAUGUUUCUGCAGGCGGCAAAAGUUGCAAAAACUGAGCAGAUUGUUGGCCUCAAACCGCAUUCUGUGGAAAUGUUGACAAUUGAGCAGCAAAUGUUUAUUAAGGAUAUUCUGACGGCUUGUAUGGGAACGGAAGACAAAAGGAGGCAUGAGGCCCUGGCGACGUUGGAACAUGACGCCGGUAUCCAGAUAAAUGUGAAUAUGGCGCAGCGAUGUCUCUCUCUAAUUAUAUAUGCGAAUCGUUUACUACGUGGAAUUGUUCUCAACAAAGCUGCCGAACUUGGACCAUUCCUCCAUGAUAUCAUUCCGGCGCUGAUGAGUUCAAUGCUUGGGCGAAAUAUGUGUAUACGUCUGGAGGAUAAUCAUUGGGCAUUGCGAGACUACUCAUGGAAAACAUUUCUAUCGUUGUACCGAGAUCAUAUUGAACCUAAUUACGCGAAAGAAUUCCGCAAAAGAACGUUUAAGUUGGCUUGGGAUGUAUUCAGUGACGAUCAUUCAUCAGCUCCAAUGAUUUAUGGGACCAUUGGAUUGCUGACAGAGUUUGUUCCAGAAGAAAAGAUGGAAUGGCUUCUUGAUGAAUUUGACAAAAUGAUCAAACGUCUUCGUCUCAUUCAAGUGGAAAUGUCUCAGCGUGGAAAUACAUGGACGAAUGAGCAGAACAAACUAUAUUCGACGCUAACGAGACACGAAGCCGUGUUACGAACAAGACUGAAUUUGUUGAGAAAAUAA